GUCCGCACAGCUGGCGCGCAGAGGUGGGGAGCUUGAGUACUGGAGCGUGGGUGCGACGCAGGCGGCGGGUCAGACUCACAAUGCGUCCGGCUCAAAAUCUCAAGAAAAACGAUCUAAAGCGCGUGGAUGAGGACAGCUACGAUAACAAAGAAGGACGCGAGAAGUCGAGAUCGGCGCUUGAUCAGUUUCUUGAUAAGGAUUGGGCACGGUGCCAUACUUUACUAAGGCGCUUGGGUACAGAUGGAGUGAAGCUUGAGUUGUGGAGAGCGUGGCUCGGACUUUAUGACUGUGACAGUACUAGCAUGACCAGUACCAGUGUAAAGGGUAAGGAAGUGGCCAGUGAACCAAACCCAAAUGAAGACGAGAAGGCUACUACUCCACCAUCAACAGAGCCUUUCAAUGAGCCCAGUCGGAAAAAAGUGAACAUAACACCUGAGAGGUAGUCCACCUCUCAGCCGUUCUUCGUGACCAUAAUGACACCAUCCUCCAAGGUUUUGAGCUUCCCGAUUCGCGUGCCAGAUACCUAACGCUCCUGCACAAAGCAGGCCUACUAGGUCCAUCAGACGCGGGGCGCGCAAGCUACAUGACACUUUCGCAGGUCUGCUUUUGGAGCUACGCGAGCGACCUGGGAGGGAAGAGGAUGGAGAAGGAGGAAGAAAUUUUGAGAGUGUAGAAAACUUAAGGAGAAACUGAAAAAGGAGGAAGCGAGACGAGAAGUAGGCAAGAAAGCGAUGGAGAGAUGGGAAGGAGGUGAUGAGGGCUGUGGAGAAGGAAAGGUGGGACGAUGGCACGUGAACGGGGGCGUGGUUUGUCGAUGCUGAGGAGGGUGGAGACAAGGAUGAAAU